UGACUUUGAUCAUCAUACAUACGGAGUGGGUAGAGAGACAGUAAAUCAAAUUCUCCAUCAAAAUCUGAAUCUGAAGGAACGAAAGAAAAGAAUGGUAUGAGAUGAUGCAGCAUAUAUAGAAGACAACCUGAAAUCAGCACUCGGCCAUGGCUGUUUCUAUGUCUAACGCACCGCCCAUUCACCUUCACAGAAACCUUAUUUCCCUCCAUUUCCCGCCUUCUGUUCUGUACUCUCCGCCCCGUCGAAGCCCGUUGUUUCACCCACGUCUCCAUGCCCUAAAAACUGAAUCCGAUAGUGGGAGUGUCAGGAGCCAGGACGCCUAUAAUCCAGAUUUGCUAAGAAAGCCUACUAUAUCACCAAUAGACGACGGCGAUGUAUUGUCGAAGAAGGGAGGCAUGUCUGGCCUCUCGGACGACAACGAGGGAUUGGAGGACGAAGGGAAGAAAAUUUACAGGCAGCGGGAGGACGAGGAAUGGGUUGACUGGGAGGACCAGAUUUUGGAGGACACUGUGCCGCUUGUUGGCUUUGUCAGGAUGAUUCUUCACUCUGGAAAAUAUGGAAGUGGUGACAGACUGAGCCCUGAGCAUGAAAAAACAAUUCUGGACAGAUUACUUCCAUAUCAUCCACAGUAUGAAAAAAAGAUUGGAUGUGGAAUCAACUACAUCACAGUUGGUUAUCAUCCUGAUUUUGAAGGUUCACGUUGUUUGUUCAUAGUACGGAAGGAUGGGGAAUUGGUAGAUUUCUCAUACUGGAAAUGCAUAAAGGGACUCAUCAAGAAGAACUAUCCUCUCUAUGCAGACAGCUUCAUUCUGAGACAUUUUCGACAGCGUAGACGCCGUGAAUGAAGUUGACAAAUAAACAAAUAUGAUGCUUGCUACCAUGUAUAAAAAAGAGAACAGAGAGUUGGGAGUUGGGUUUGGAUUACAUUUGUUUUAAACUAUUUGAAUCAUCGUGGUACAAAUAACUUUGUAACAUUUAGGGGCAGGAAAGAGAUUGUUGAAUGCACAAAUUGGUGUCACCUAAUGCCAUUCAUUUCAUCUGUAUUAACCAUGGGAUGCUGUGAAACGGCUCGACCUUUUGUCAUUCUAAAAUUUUUUAUGGUUUGCA